GAGACAUGGUUAAAUAACUCACCUUUUAGAUCAACCUUUGGCCUGUCAAAGUCCUUCACACAUACUUACACCUGCUAGAUAACACCUGAGCAGACGCAGGCAGCUGCCUUUAUUAUGCUGGGACACUGCGGGCACUGCAACUGAAAUAUGGCUUGGACUAAACCACGCGUCAUUACUCUUACCAAGCGUGAGGGACAAAGCUAUGGCUUCUACCUCAGAGUUGAGCAAGGAGAGGAGGGUCACCUGAUUCGAUCCCUGGAGAUGGGCGGUGCUGCUGAACUGGCUGGAUUGAAAGAUGGAGACCGCAUAAUCAGAGUCAAUGGGACAUUUGUGGACAAUAUUGAGCACAGCCAGGUUGCAGAAAUGGUGAGAAAAAGUGGAAUGACUGUCACGUUUCAUGUUAUUGGAGAAGAGGCAUACAAGCAGGCCAAAGCCAACGGAGUGAACCUUGCCGAGCCUCAGUCUUCCACUGCUCAGAAUCAGCCCACUAUGAAUGGAGUAUCAACACCAGCUCCUAAAGCCAAACUCUGUUACCUGCAAAAAUCCAGCAGUGGUUUCGGUUUCUCCCUACGAUCUGUCAAAGGCAAUCCCGGCACAUUCAUGACAGAUGUGAUCUCUGGAGGAGUGGCCGAUCAGGCUGGCGUGAAGGCGGGCGACCGUUUGGUGGAGAUAAAUGGCGAAAAUAUUGAAAGUGCCAAACAUGAUCAAAUUGUGCAAAAAGUGAAGGUAGCUGGGAAUAAUAUUAUGCUUCUGCUGGUGGACGAUGACACUGACAAAUACUUUAAAAACAAAAGUAUUCUGGCAGGUGUGGCUAAUGCAACAGUCAGGCACCUCCCGCAUAAGCCACGUAUCGCAGACAUGGUGAAGAGAGCAGAUGGUUAUGGUUUUAUGCUGAAGGCAGAGCCUAAUCGUGCAGGUCAUUACAUUGGAGAAAUUGACAAGGGCAGCCCAGCUGAGAAAGCAGGACUUAAGGAUGCGGACCGACUAGUGGCUGUGAAUGGAGAGGAAAUACAACAAUACACACAUGAGCAGGUGGUGGAUAAAAUACGUCAACAAGGAAGCAACUGCUGCCUCCUGGUGAUAGAUGCUGAAACAGACAAAAUGUACAAACUGGGUGGUGCUUCUCCACUCCUUUACUGGGAGGAAAUGAGAGCAUCUCUGCCCAGCUAUUCCGAUUGUGAAUCCACACCUGCUCCAACUCCAGCACCAGCAGUACCUAUACCCAUCCCAGCAACUCCUUCACCUGUCCCAGCAGCUGCCACACCCGUCCUAGCGGCUGCCACACCCGUCCCAGCAGAGAUGGAUUACAAACCUAAACUGUGCCGACUGGAGAAAACUCCUGCUGGAUUUGGCUUCCAUCUCAAUGGCAUCCAGGGAUUGGAUGGACAGUACAUCAAAGAGGUGGUGAAAGGUGGAGCAGCUGAUAAAGCCGGAGUGGAGGAUGAGGAUAUUGUUGUGGAGGUGAAUGGAGUGAAUGUGGAAACCAGCACACAUGAGGAGGUCGUGAACCUUAUCCGUAAAAGCGGUGACACGCUGGUCCUACUAUUGGCUAAAAAGGAAGCCUAUGACCAUCUGAAAGCUCAAGGGAUCAGCAUCACCCCUCAGCUGCUGAAUGUAGAGCCCAUCGCUGAUAUCCCAACACCAGCCUCUGCACAAGAGGAAGAGAGGAAAGAAGAGCAACAGGAAACAGAGACAGAAAAACUUCCCAGUCCACCACGUUCGAGGAAAUCCUCUUCUUCUUCAUCAUCAUCAUCUUCAUCAGCUGGGAGUGAAGACGAGAGACUCUGAGCUGUGUGCACUUUCCUGUACUGACAGAUCCUUUAAAUACUCUGAUUUAGUGACAGGUCCAUGUACUUACCUGAUCGACUACAAUCUAAUAAGAAAACAGGAAAACACUUUGAACAAUAGACUCUAAGACCAUUGAUUAACAAUACUGAUGUAUUUUCAAUUUUAGAAUAUUAACAGCUAAGCAUUAUUCAUGUACUGUUCUGCUUUCUUAUGGUCUAUAGUGAUAAAAAUCUAUUUAAACUCGCUUUAACCCUUUGAUGCAUGAACUUUAAGAGUACAAUCAUUCACGGCUACUUAGAUUAAAGGUGCAGUGUGUACAUUUUAGGGGCAUCUAGUGGUGAGGUUGCGAAUUACAACAAACGGCUCAGUCCACUGCUCACCUCUCGCUUUUGAAACACAUAGAAAAGCUACGGUAGCCGCCACCAGACAAACAUGUCAUCGCCGGAGACAACUUAGUAAAAAAAGUUUGUCCAUUAAGGGCUUUUGUAGAAACACCCUCUGUGUAUGUAGAUAAAAACGUCUCAUUCUAAGGUAAUAAACACAUAAUGGUUUAUUAUGAAAGGUCUUUAUACACCCCUGAUAAUAUAGUUUUGUAUAUUAUUUUGCAUUUCGGUCAAGAGAUCCUUGUAAAAAUUACAUACUGCACCUUUAACGGCAAAAAUAAUCACUUUUAGGGGUGGUUUCCCGGACAGGGUUUAGAUUAAUCCAGGACUAGGCCUUAUUAAUAUUAGGUCAUUUAAGAAGUUUUUACAAACAUACCUUACAAAAAAAAAAACACUACAGGUGUGCAGCUUAAGACAAAAUAAUGUCAACGAAAUAUGAUAAAAUUAAACAGGACAAGGUGUUUUUAAAUUAAAGCAGCUCAAACAUGCAUUUUAGUCUGGGACUAUAAUAAGCCCUGUCUGGGAGACCGCCCCAAAGUGGUUUAAAUAUAUAACACAACCUGAAUGACUAAACUUGUCUGUUAAAGAACAGUUCAAAGUCAUGCAUCAAAGGUUUAAAAACCUAGAAACCUUAGUCACAUUGAUAGUAAUUUAAAUAAAACAGGCUAUUUUUGAAAAGGUAAAAGCUGUUCAGACAAUAUUGAUGUAUAAUUUAUUCUUUCAGAAUGGUUUUGUCACUUUCUAGUGGACUCUAAACCUCUCGUCAUGUUCUUCAUUUUUAAGUCGCUUUGGAUUAAAGCAUCUGACUUGUAUGUAAA